CCGGGGGCGCCGAAGCGGUGGCGGGUGCAAUGCAAGCAGCAGUGUCAGGAAGUUGCUGCUGGUCGGUUCCUGUGCCCCGGGGGAGCGGCUGGGGGGGAGCAGCCGCUGCUGUUGGAGCGGGGAGCGGAGGGCCGGGCCGCGGCGCAGGAGCUGGAGGCUCCGUCCCCGGGCAGCGGCAGCCGCGUGAGUAGCCCAACGCAGGAUCGGUGUGUUCGCAGCUCCGCGGUGCCCCUGCUUCGCUUCGCUUGGGCCAGGCGCUGGGUUGUGUAGAAGAGGCCCCGGUUUCAAGCGACAGCGCAGCUGGAGUGAGCGGCGCCCGCUUUCCUUCUGGAGCCACCAGGCCGCUGGCGCUGGGCACCAGGGCACGCAGCGGGGUCUCCGCACAAGCGGGUGGGUGUCGGUGUAAGAGGCGGUGGAAUAGCCCCGAGCCUGGGCCACGCAGGAUAAAAGAUGCUUGGGUUUCAGAGUACAGCAAAGCAGCUAGCAAAAUAUUCUUCUAGGCCACUAUGGAAACGACUGUGUGCAGCCACUACAAAUAUACCAGUGUUAACUUUGUUCACCAAGAACCCAUGCCCUCUAUGUGAUGAAGCAAAAGAAGUGCUUGAGCCAUAUAAAAACAGGGUUAUUUUGCAGGAAGUGGAUAUCACCCUUCCAGAGAACUCAGUGUGGUAUGACAGAUAUAAGUAUGACAUACCUGUCUUUCAUUUAAAUGGGCAGUUCCUAAUGAAGCAUCGGGUAGAUGUUAAAAAAUUUGAGAACCAGCUUGUGAAGCUAGAGUUUCAAAAUGAUGAAAACCAAUGAAGGAAAUGCAGCCAUUCUGACACUGGAUUGAAGGGAUUUUGAACAAAUGGUUUGAAACUGUUGCAUACAUUAUCAAACCAUAUUUUCUUUGGAAUGUAAUGUACAUAUUUAACAUUAAAAUUUUAGUUAUUUGAUUUAUAUUCCAUUUUGUAGUAAUGAUGAAGCCCAUCUGACUGAAUAGCAACUCUUCAUCUGCUAUCCUAGAUGGUUUUGUUUUUCAAUGAGAGAACAAGUGCUAUUCCACCGCAGCAGAUAAAAUGAAAUGCACUUUCAGAUCAUUAAUACACUCUGCACUGACAAUAAAGGAAUGUUUAAGUUA